UAAUGCGGAAGUUGUUGGUCCUCCAUUAUCCAACAGUCUGAAAAAUAACAGCUCAGACCGGCUGGAACUCUCCAUUAUUUAUCCAGAUUAUCGUAUUAAUCGUUUGAAACAUUAUAUUUGAAGUAUUAUCAGUGAAAACGCGCCGCAUUCGAGUGAGAUUGGAGGAUUUUUUCAGCCGCUAUGGCUGCCAACAACAACUUACAGAAAGCUAUCGAUCUGGCCAGUAAGGCAGCGCAGGAGGACAAGGCUAAGAAUUACGAGGAGGCCUUGAGGCUGUACCAGCACGCCGUACAGUACUUCCUACACGUCAUCAAAUAUGAAGCUCAGGGCGACAAAGCCAAGCAGAGCAUCCGGGCCAAAUGUGCCGAGUACCUGGACCGGGCGGAGAAGCUAAAGGAUCACCUGAAGAACAAGGAAAAGGCCCCGGCGAAACCCGUCAAAGAGUCCCAGUCCGACGAGAAGGGGAACGAAAGCGACGAGGGAGACGAUCCCGAGAAGAAGAAGUUCCAGAACCAGCUCUCAGGGGCCAUCGUCAUGGAGAAGCCGAACAUUCAGUGGAAUGACGUAGCCGGACUCGAAGGUGCCAAAGAAGCUCUGAAAGAAGCCGUCAUCCUGCCCAUCAAAUUCCCACAUCUCUUCACGGGUAAGCGCACCCCCUGGAGGGGGAUCCUGCUGUUCGGGCCCCCCGGAACCGGGAAGUCGUACCUGGCCAAGGCCGUCGCCACGGAGGCCAACAACUCCACCUUCUUCUCCAUCUCCUCCUCAGACCUGGUGUCCAAGUGGCUGGGAGAGAGUGAAAAGCUGGUGAAGAAUCUGUUCGAGCUGGCCAGAGAGCACAAUCCGUCCAUCAUCUUCAUCGACGAGAUCGACUCCCUGUGCGGCUCCAGGAGCGAGAACGAGAGCGAGGCGGCUCGCAGGAUCAAAACCGAGUUCCUGGUCCAGAUGCAGGGUGUCGGAAAUGACAACAAGGGAAUCCUGGUGCUGGGGGCCACGAAUAUCCCGUGGACGCUCGACUCUGCCAUCAGGAGACGAUUCGAGAAGCGUAUCUACAUCCCCCUGCCGGAGGAGCACGCCCGCUCCUACAUGUUCAAGCUGCACCUGGGCACCACGCCCAACAGCCUGUCCGACGCCGACUUCGUCACCCUGGGCAAGAAGACCGAGGGCUACUCUGGCGCCGACAUCAGCAUCAUCGUGCGGGACGCGCUCAUGCAGCCCGUCAGGAAGGUGCAGUCGGCCACGCACUUCAAACAGGUACGUGGCCCCUCCAGGGACAAUCCCAAGGUGAUCCUGGAUGACCUGCUGACCCCGUGUUCUCCCGGAGACCCUCAGGCCGUAGAGAUGACGUGGAUGGAGGUUCCCGGGGACAAGCUGCUGGAGCCGGUCGUCUCCAUGCCGGACAUGAUGCUGUCGCUGGCGAACACCAAGCCCACCGUAAACGAGCAGGAUCUAGAGAAGCUGAGGAAGUUCACCGAGGAUUUUGGGCAGGAGGGCUGAAGCCCCCUCGUCCGGAUUCGUGUUCCCUUACCCCACCUUUAAUUCUAGCUUGUUUUUUUUCUUUCUUUUUCUUGGACUUCCUGUUGGACUGGUGAGCUGAAGGACAGAAACUCUGCAGAAGUCCAGUCCAGAACCUUUAACGGACCUGAGAAGGUUUCAUUCACAGUCUGGGUUUCAUGAUGUAUUUUUUUUUAGUUUAUUUUUGUAUUCACUACGUGUGUUGGUUAAAUUCCGAGGUUUUCUUGUGCUUUUCGGCUAAAUCUGCGUCCCUAAAGAUCUUGCGACACUGAAGAACGUCAGCCAGAACGUUCCGUUGUCUCGUAAUACAUAGAUAUGAUAUAGGACCAAAAGUAUUUGGACACCUGACCUUGAGCUUGUCGGACGUCGCAUUUCAAAAUCAACUGGUAUUAAGAUAGACUGACCUCUGUGUGAUCUUUUGGAAAGGCUUUGAUAUAUAUAUGGGAUCUGUGUAUGGGACGCUUCAUGUCUUUAUAGAGCUUGGAACGGGAAAGGGCCUUCCCUAAACUGUUGCUGCAAAGUCAAAAGCAUAUCAACUCUUUUAUAUGAUUGAUUUAUUACACCUGGUAGCAACUGUCGUGGCUGAAACACACAUGAAUUCAGUAAUUACAAGUGGUGUCCCAAUACUUUUGGUCAUAUAGUGUUUAAUAAUUCCUGAAAGAAUUUGGGGUUUUGUGACAGUAAACAGAUUAAAGCUGCAGUUCGUAAACAGUAAACAGUAAUAAUCAGAGAUUUUGGGUCUGAUUUUUUUUAGAAGGUUUUGUCAGGCUGCUCUCCCUUUCACACAGCAAAAUGUUUUCAUAUUUAGAUCAUUGACGAUGCACGUUUGCUGAAAACAAUCCAGGGUGGUGAUUUUUCAAAACAAAAACACAAAACAAACUCGAAUUCUCUGCUGCCGCUUUAUUAGAGCUAAAAAUGCAUCCGUUAUCGCAGCAACAGUGACCCCUGCUGUCUGGUCGUGACAGGAACACAGAGAAUGUGCGUAUUUGUGUGGACUAGGAUGAUAAAACCGCUCAGAUUGGUUACAGCUUGAACGUUUGAGUUUGUAGGUCAGGAAUUCGCCAAAGUUACACACUGCAGCUUUAAACGUCGGGACAAACGUUUCCUAUUCUUUUCAGCUCAUUUCAGUGCAGUUUUAAUUCACCCUCGUCGUUCAAGCUUCCUCUCGAUAUCAGCUAAAGUUCCCAGCUGACUUUUACCAGGCUACGGCGCUUAUAACCAAAGCAUCUUUGCCUUUUAGCCAGGAAGUCUGACAUGUUUCUGUUUGUGAUCAGUAAAGAUUACAUACUCACCCUAAUAAACACCCACUUUAAUUACUACCCUCCCGAAUCUAGCAAAUCAUAUAUAAACCAAAUAUUAAGAUUAUUGAUGCCUGUUUUUGGCGUUGAAUUAUAAAAUUUAAUUAUUAAAGAAUUAAAUGAACUUGUGAUUGCUGUGGGCUUUUCGUCCAUGUGAUCGUCAACAAAUUUCAUAUCGGGUUUAGGAGGCGGAUUUCGUCGUGCACGCCAGCAUCUGAGCUCGUGCUGAUUUAAAGCUCACUUGACUGUGCACAGUGUCGAGACAAAUCUUUCCCUAAAGCAUUCCUUACCAAGACCAAUACAUUGAGUGUGGUCAGACCAGCCCUGUUUAUACGGACACAGAGAAGUCACCAGCUGAUACUAGAGUAUUUUUGACAGUAGAUUUUGCAGAAAUAAUUGGAACCCCAGGUCUGCCAUAAAGCAAGUGAUAAAUGAUAAUAUUUAUUAUAUACACAUGUACUCAGAUGUCUCUACAUCAGUGUUGAAAUGUCUCAUGCUAAACUUUGGGUUUUGCCCCCAGUAGGAUUUUCCACUUAAGGGAACGUUUUUUCCCCCUUUUUCUAGUCAGAAGUUUUAGUCGAACGCAGCGUAACCGUGUGUUCACUACACAAAGAACAGGAGUGAACUAUAGAAAAUAUAUCAUUUCUGACCCGCUAAUGCAAACUUGUGCCUUCUAUACAAAUUCUGUUCGAUGUAAAGUGAAGGUGUGUCGAUGAAAAGCGCUACAUUCAUGUUUAAUAGUCGGGGAGACGGUUCAGUAAUAUUUGCACAUUCACAUUUCACCUCACGCUAUUCUAUCACAGCUGAAUGUUUAUGUUCUUUCAGUGUUGAGUUUAUUAUUAUUGGUUUUUUUAUUCAGCUACGUUUCCAUACUCGACGAUUUGCAUUUGGAAGUGAAUGUUAUUAAAUGUUUCUGGACUUUUGUUUGUUACGUUUCUUUCAUCAUAUAUGUGUAAAUAAAUAAAGGCUGAUUAAAGUGA